UACUCAACCCCACCACUUAAUUCAAAUAUGGCAUUUUCCUUCUUUACCGGUUUAACCGGUUGCCUCUCUCCUCUUUUCUCUCUCCCUCACACACCUCCAAUAACCGCCUUUUAAACCGCUCAUCACUCUCCGUCGUUCCUCCCUCUCUCUCUCUCCAUCAUCAUUUCUCUCUCUGCAGCGUUUUCAACAGAGACGCCGCAGAGAAACUCACAAAAAUUUCACAAAUCUAAAACCUACCUAUCACAUACAUUACUAUAUUCGCAUUUUCCGUUAUGGCUUCCUCUAAACAUUCAUUCGGAUUCGGAAUUGUGGCUAUCGUCGCCACUCUCAUUUUCGCUCUUUCCUUCCCCGCCGCUGUUCACGCUCAAUCUCCGUCCCCCGCACCUGCUCCUACCAGCGACGGUUCAUCGGUUGAUCAAGGAAUAGCUUAUUUGUUGAUGUUGUUGGCGCUGGUACUCACCUAUAUCAUUCAUUCGGCGGAUAUUUCAUCUACCUUGUGAAUUGCAUGUUGAUAAUGUGAGAGAGAUGUGUUUUGUUUUUUAAAUUUUAUUUAUGAUUAAUAAUGAACGUGUUUGUAGAACGCGGAGGUGUAAUGUAAUAAUAAUGAUAUAGAUUGAGAGGUGUUUGUUUUUCUAGUGAAUUAAAGAGUAUGAUGCGUGAGUUUAGAGAGGUUGUAUGGUAGUUUAGCAUCAAUGUCUUAUUUGUGUAAGUGAUGAUGGAUCUAUCUAUGUAAUAUUAUUAUUGCAAUCUCGUCAAUGUGAUUUUUGUCUUGGUGAUUCAA